GAGGCGGAGGCGGGGGUUCGUCAUUUUGCCUGUGAAGGGAUUUGGGUGCGUGUGUGUCUGUCUGUGCGGCGGUGGACCCGAAGGCAUGCCAUUGCGGGUUAGGUUGAAAGCAAAUCGAUCUCUGCGUCGCUGUGUGAGGCGAGUGUGAGUGAGCCCGGACCAUUGGAGCAGACGCGAGGUUUAGGUAAGAAACGAGGACGACGUAGUGGCAGGGAUGGCGAGUAUGGCGAUGGUAGACGAGCCGCUCUACCCCAUAGCCAUUCUCAUCGACGAGCUUAAGAGCGAUGACAUACAGCUGCGGUUGAACUCGAUCCGGCGAUUGUCUACCAUCGCCAGAGCCUUGGGAGAGGAUCGUACACGCAAGGAGCUUAUCCCGUUUUUGUGCGAGAAUAACGACGAUGACGAUGAGGUUUUGCUGGCCAUGGCCGACGAGUUAGGGGGGUUCAUCUCGUACAUAGGCGGGGUAGAGUACGCGCACGUCCUGUUGCCACCGCUCGAAAAUUUGUGCACCGUGGAGGAGACUGUGGUGCGUGACAAGGCCGUGGAGAGCCUGUGCAAGAUUGGGGCGCAAAUGAAGGAGCGCGAUGUCGUGGAAUGGUUCAUUCCGCUGGUUAAGAGACUCGGUGCUGGAGAAUGGUUCACUGCAAGAGUUUCAGCCUGCGGUCUUUUCCACAUUGCUUACCCUAGCGCCCCUGAUCUUCUUCGAGCUGAGUUGCGCUCGGUUUACAAUCAGCUCUGCCACGAUGAUAUGCCCAUGGUGCGACGAUCCGCGGCGCUGAAUUUGGGAAAAUUUGCGUCUACAGUUGAAGCUAUGUACCUGAAGACUGAUAUUAUGACCUUCUUCAGGGAUCUCACACAAGAUGAUCAAGACUCAGUGAGGCUUCUAGCAGUGGAGGGUUGCGCUGCAUUAGGAAAACUGCUGGAGCCGGCUGAUUGCGUGGCAAAUGUUCUUCCCGUUAUAGUGAGCUUCUCACAGGACAAGUCAUGGCGUGUUCGUUACAUGGUAGCUAACCAGUUGUACGAGCUAUGUGAGGCGGUCGGGCCAGAGCCUACCAGAACGGAGCUUGUACCUGCAUACGUACGCCUACUGCGGGAUAAUGAAGCUGAGGUGCGUAUUGCGGCGGCAGGAAAAGUCACUAAAUUUUGCGGGAUCGUCAGCCCCCAAGUUGCCCAGCAGCAUAUACUUCCCUGUGUGAAGGAGUUGUCAACUGAUUCAUCGCAACAUGUACGAGCUGCACUUGCAUCGGUUAUUAUGGGAAUGGCUCCACUGUUAGGAAAGGAAGCCACCAUUGAGCAACUUCUGCCCAUUUUUCUAGCUCUCUUGAAGGACGAGUUUCCAGAUGUACGACUUAAUAUCAUCAGCAAGCUAGACCAAGUCAACCAAGUGAUAGGCAUUGAUUUAUUGUCUCAGUCACUGUUACCAGCCAUUGUCGAGUUGGCUGAGGACCGACAUUGGCGCGUUCGUCUGGCCAUAAUUGAAUACAUACCUUUAUUGGCCAGCCAAUUAGGCGUUGACUUUUUUGAUGACAAAUUGGGAGCACUGUGCAUGCAGUGGCUUGGAGACCAGGUCUUUUCUAUCCGAGAGGCAGCGGCCAACAAUCUAAAACGGCUUGCAGAAGAGUUCGGUUCGGAGUGGGCAUUACAACACAUUAUUCCGCAGGUUAUGGAUAAGAUUAAUAAUCCUCAUUAUCUUUACCGUAUGACGGUACUAGUUGCAAUUUCCCUUCUUGCUCCUGUAGUUGGCGCAGAAGCCACUUGCCAGACCAUGUUGCCUGUGGUGAUUAAUGCUGCAAAAGACAGGGUUCCAAACAUCAAAUUUAACGUCGCCAAAAUGCUCCAAUCUAUGAUUCCUAUAGUUGAAUCCACAGUUGUGGAGCAAACAAUUCGGCCAUGCUUGUUGGAACUUCAGGAAGACCCUGAUGUGGAUGUUCGGUUUUUCGCUGGGCAGGCCCUACAAGCCUGUGACCAAGUUAUGUGUGCUUAACACGAUUUAUAUACCUAUGACUUCAUUCGCUCGAUGGCUGCAGUGUUGUUUCCUGCAACCUCGGGGUAGUGUUAACGUGAUGCUCUUGUUAGUCCCUUUGUUUUCCUGCACCGGUUUUCAAGUGAAUCGUACCAGAUGUGAAGUGCAAAUUUGGCUUCUCAAGGGACCCAUACCAGUUGAUGAACGAAAUUAUCGUAAAACUAGGCAACCAGCAGGGGUCUCCCUCAGGCCUUCAUCUACUGUGGGCACAUUAGUGAAUGUGCUUUUAUCAAGUCUGAUCCACACUUGUUUUUACUGUUGUACGCGCAUCUACAGGAGGGAGCUAGUGAAAUGAAGCCUGACCUCUCAAGUUGAGACUUGUUUGAGGAUGAUGAUUUUGUGGUCAGUCUCGGAAUAGCUGUAUCUGUUAGGUGAUUUGCCAAUCUCUGAUUGGGUUGCCCAAUUAGCAUUGACCUGGCUGAAUCAAUCAGUAUAUAAACAUUUUUCUCAGUGUGUACCCUUGUACUUCUUUGUCUGUUUGAGAAGCCACUUCAGUGCUGGUUACGAGACGGAGUGAAUACUGCAAUUGAAUUGGCAACACUUAAGAAA